CAUAUCAUUCAAUGAUUCUAUUGAAUGUUACUUAAUGUAACUACGCUGUUAAAUUUGAUAUUUAUAUUUACAUUGUUUUUUCCCUUGAUUUUACAGAUGGAACAGCAAUUCAUAAUCAUAAUCAUCGUUACUAGCUGGUAUUCUUCGAUAACAUGUCAACAUAAUGGUAAUACUUUAUUUCUCGAUCUAGUAAUAUUAUUAUUAGAGCAUUAUGCUUCUGUGUUGCAACGAUGAUAAUGGUGAUAAUGGUAAAGCACAUUUCCGCUUUAUUCAAUUUUCUGAUGAUAUUAAUAAUGGCAAUUCUCUAAUAGGAUCAUUAAUUGUAUACUUUUGUACUACUGUAUUUGUUCCCUUUUUUCAAAUACCAUCAAGCGUCAGAUUUCAAAUGGAUUUGUUCAUUUUUAUUACGAUUGCAAUUCUUCUGCAUUUAUCAUUUGCAUUCAUCAUUUUACUCAUUACUAGUUAUUAUCAUUAUGUAGGCUUAUAUUAAUAUAAUAAACGUAUAAUAUGAUAAUAGAGUAAUAGGAUUAAGAAAAACUGGUUAAAAGUGGUUAUAUUAACAUCUCUAAUAGGACAGUAAACAUAGUAAACUAUGCCUUGGUCAAACAGUGACACAUUUCACAACAAAUCUAGUCCAGACUUUAAACUUUGUUAUGUUUUGUACUAGGACCCCGUUGGAAAUAAACCUUUCGGCUUUCAUGGGCUAACCCUAGGUAUUCUUCAAUUUCAUUGUAAUCACCUGUGAUAUUCUUGACGAAUAAAAUCAAUCAAUCGAUUUGUUUGAUUAAAUCUUGACUAAACCAUUGAACCUUCUUGUCUCGUAUUUCUGUUCCCUAAGCAUGUGCUCCAGGUCUCAUUCGACACCGUGAAUCAUGUUAUCACUUCUCUCAGAACGAAUCGAAUUUCACAUCAGCCAACUCAACCUGCGAAAACCUCGGCAUGCACCUUGUCUACAUCGACACUUAUUCUGAACAAGAAUUCCUAAUGAAUACCGUGCAGCACAACAGCAGUUCCUGGAUAGGGUUGUCGGGAUUCUCCUGGAUGGACGGGUCGGGUUUGAGCUUCAGUAACUUCGGAAGUAACGCAUUCAACGAGAAGGGACUUUGUUUUAGGAUACAAGAAUCCGAUCUCAAGUGGUAUGACAGGAGGUGUACAACGUUGUUCUCUCAUAUCUGUGAACAAUCAGGAACCUGUGCAGAUCAGAACGACACGGAGUACGGUGGUUCUUGUUAUCACUUCUCUCACAGCGCCACCAACUUCAGCACCGCACUGUCACUAUGUCAGGGUCGGGGGAUGCAUCUGGUUUACGUCGAGUCGGAGCAAGAACACGACUUCUUAUCCCUUAACCUCCAAAAUGACGGCCACUACUGGAUAGGCCUCUCACACAUGACAUGGCAGGAUGGAUCAAGCCCUGUAUACAACAACAUCCCAUAUCAGGACUAUGAGUUCGACGAUGGGGGAAGCUGUUUCCAAGCGGCCUGGAGUUUUGGCUGGGAAGACAUUAGCUGUUCCGACAUGCAUUAUUACAUCUGCGAGAAUGAAGGUGGUAGGUUGAUUUAGUAAACAUUUGUCAAGAUCUAGUGAAAA